UGUUUUUAAAGUAUUGGUUCCGUUUUCUCUUUUAUCCUUCGACCUUUUUCGUCGUCUAUCAUCAUACGAAAACUACCGGAUUUUGUUAGGUUUCAAAUAUCAAAUCUGGUACAAUAGUACCUGAUAAGCACAUUCAAGUUUCCUCGAACGACACAAUGUUACCAAAACAUCUCCUUCUUUUAACCAUCACCACCGUCUACUCCUUGCCUCAACAAAAAUUAAACCCGCGUAUUUUCAACGGGGAACCGGCAACCAAAGGCCAAUUUCCAUGGCAAGUGGGUCUAUACAUCCCUAGAAAUACUGGACUGACUUUUUGUGGUGGAAGUCUUAUUAGUGACACUUGGGUUUUGACAGCAGCGCACUGUCUGGCAGAUGCUUUUUUUAGUAUAAGAAUACUACUGGGUACUCUUAAGUCGACAGGAGAUGACCCCGAUCAAAUCGAGCUUCACUCUCAAGAGUACUUGUAUAAUUAUGAUUUUGAUCCCUGGAGUUACGAGAAUGACGUGGCUUUGAUAAAAUUGCCAGAACCUGUGGUUUUUACUGACUAUAUUCAACCCAUACUUUUAGCUUCUGAAGAAGUUGAUGCCGGUACUGGUGUUACAAUUAUUGGUUGGGGUGAUACCGGAGAUGGUGUAAGGUCAUCUGUUCUUACUUACUCCAAUGUAACAGUCGCGGAAACUUGUAAAGAUAUUGGUACUGUUUGUACUGACUCUGAUCCAGACAGCGAUGCUCAAAAUAUAUGUGGGGGUGACAGUGGUGGGCCUCUAGUUCUCAAUGCUUUCACGUAUCCCGUCCAUAUUGGUAUUACUAGCUUUUACAGUGGUGCAUGUGAGAGAGGCGGCUAUGGGGGAUUUACAAGUACAGCGUACGUAAGAGAGUGGAUCAAAACUAAUACUGGUAUCUAAAAUGUACAAUUAAAUGUUCCUAAUAAAUUUACUAAGUGUU